GCUCAUUUGACGGGCUUUUUGUGGUUCGAAUUUGUUUGAUUCUCGUCCGUAAGAAAAAUGACCCUGGAAUUGGAAGAAAAGAAGAUUGGCCUUCAUUAACGCGCAAAGAUUUUAGAGAAAGUUUCGAUUGGAAAAAAUUUAGAAUGUCCGCUCGCUACAAUCAUUGCCUUGAUUUGAAACCAGAGAAAUAUUGAUGUUUCGCAUGUGGUCGAAAAAGAGGUUUUUUUUGCUUGGUUAGACUUACGAGAUAGAUUUUCCGUGGACAAUGUCUACAUGUUUCGAAAGUUUAGAAGAUGAAUGAAUACGCUUGUUAUACAACAAAGCCUACAGGUUGCACAUGCUGAGAGUAAGACUGUUGUGUUCUCUCAGAAGACGGUGGUAAAAAGGAUGUGGCACACAAAUUUUGUUCCCUCGAGAAUGAGAGUGAGUGAGUGAAGUACAGUAGUUGUAGGUGGAAAAACUCAAAACAAAAAGGCGACUCCAAUGAGUUUACACGAGAGACACAAACGAGGAACUAGCUGACUGUAGACUAAAUCUUUUCCCUCAGACACAGACUUGAGCAGCCCAUUGCUCUUUACUUUCACCUCUUUUUUGAACUCUACUAGGUCGUGGAAAAAUCUAGAUCUACUUCUUGGUACCUCCUCACAUUCAUUGUUAUUUCAUUUUCCAAUCAAGACUGGUUGGGUAUUUCGGCUGCAUUGUAGAGUACUUGUAUUUCUGAGCGCUUCAAUUCCGCCUGUGACAUCCAUCAUACCACAAGCCUUUCAAAAAUUUCUUCCAUCUGUUUCAUGUUCUGAUAUUUAUAUCAGAGUUGUAACUCUACCUUCCAUGAUUAUUUAUCUGAAAACUUCACUAGGUGGGGAAGAUAUCUGUGGUCCCAGCAGUGACGACUCUCGUAUUAGCACAAUACAGUAGUGUACAAGUAGCUUAGUAUCAUAACUACUUUAAAGAAACGACAAAGUAAAGCAAACAUGUCGAAGCCGGCAGAAUUUAAGCCGAUGCAAUGGUCGAAGCCCGUCAUUGCCGACCUGAGGCGAGAGAGGAGAAGGGCAGCCUUCGAUAUAUGGGAUUUGAGUAAACUCAUCUACGGUGGAGAGGAGAAUUUGAAGAAAGUAUACCUUUGUUUCAAGUUAUUUUUCUCGACGAGGUCAAGGCAUUUUCUUUCCUGCUUCGUCGAGUAAACAAGUUUUCCUAAGGAACAAGAAGUAGAAGUCUCACGAUCUCCACCAACCUUUCUCCAUCCUUUCUCCAUCCUUUCCACAGGUAGAAGAGCAAGUCCGUUUAGUGGGUGCUGAGCCACGAUUGCAGACGGAUGAUCUGUGGUACAUCAACCGCUCUGAGCGGUACUACAGAGCAUGCGAGCGGGCACGGAUUUUUGUGAAGAUUGUGCGCGAAAAUUAUGGCACGAUAGUUGAACACUUAGAAGUAAAAGACCCGGCUAACUAGUUUUCCCUCUAGCACCUGUAGGCUUAUCCCUUCACGCAAUACGUGUUGAAGAGGCUAGGCUAGAAAUACUAGAUGCUAGAAUUAUUUUUAUAGUGAAGAAGAACAUGCUCUAAUCCCUCCGCAUCGCAUUCGAAGAUCGAGGGCCACUGGAGAUGCUUCUCGGAGAGGACUUGUUCAUCCUCUUGCACGAUAUUAUGUUCUUGCCAUCCCUUAUCAACCUUGCUGACGAGGAACAGCAGUCCUGGUGGCUUCCGAAGGCCUUGAACUACGAAUAUGUUGGUAUCUAUUCUAAGUAUCUUGUUGAUUCAUUGGUAUCUAUAAGUAUCUUGUUUAUCUAUCAUCUUGAGUGUCAUUGAGAUUUUCUUUCUAGUGUCGUCUACUUCUUGAUGCACCAGGUCGAGCUGUAGUCCUAUUCGCUGACUUCACACAGUGAGUUUGGAUAUUUAGUUGCGUGACCUGCUGUCUUACCUCUCUCCACCCCUGUCGCAACCGCUGUCCCACCAGGCACGUACGCCCAAACCGAAUUGACUCACGGAUCCAACGUGCGUGGGCUUGGCACAACAGCCGAGUUCGAUCCAGCUUUGUAUAAUGGAGACGGCGGAUGGAAGAUCCAUACGCCAAGCCUCGAAUGCAUGAAGUGGUGGCCAGGAGGCAUGGCAAGGAGCUGCAAUUGUUAAGGCCGCCACAGUUUUAUAUUUCAUCCUGCUCGCUUCCGCAUCGGCAAGGUCAAUUCCUGACAGUGGGUAAUCAGUCGAUAGACCUCCCACCUAGAAUCAUUCCAAGGUUAAAUUUCAAGGGACGGAACCACAACUACUUGAUAGAUUCAUCAGAACUACUUGAUAGAUUCACCAGAACUACUUCACGAGGAUGAAAGAAAGCCCGAAACAAGAACUUCUAGCUCUAAAAUGACGUGAUCCUGAUGGCACGCAUCGUCAUCAAAGGCAAGGAUUAUGGCCCACAUCCGUUCUUUUUUCAGAUUCGAGACUUCAACACGCAUGCGACACUUCCCGGAAUCGAAUUACGUGACAUCGGACAGAAGUUGGGCUAUAACGGGAUGGACAAUGGUGGCAUGUACAUCACCAGUGCGGUUGUGCCGAGAAGGAAUCUGCUGAUGAAGUACCUUCUAUCAUACCAUUUCAUUAAUCCUUUCUCUAGUAUGAUUGGCGUAUGAUUCGCGUACUUAUAAAGUUGGUUUGUUUAGUACCAUAUCUAGGCGUGUCUCGUCGUCUCAGUGAACUACACCUUCGUCAUUUCGGUUAUCACUCGAUGCUCUUCAAACCUCUUAAGUACUUUUGCUAUUCAACCGUCAUCAGGAAUUCGAUGAAGACAACGAUAUCCCCCAUGCUCAUCGUCAAUCCACUUUCUCAUUCUCCUCUCAGAUACGUCAACGUCGAUCGUGACGGCAACUACAAGAAGGUCGGCAAUCAGAAGAUGCUAUUCGGAACUAUGACUUACACUCGACUGCAGAUUAGUUCCUCAGUUGGUGUUCACCUUGCGAAAGCAGUUACCACAGCUGUUCGCUAUUCGGCUGUGCGACGACAAUUCCAAAUGCAACGAGUUCAGCUGGGUGCGGACGACGUAUUUGACGAUAAAGACACCGCAGUAGCGCAGUUGCAACACAUCACAAAGCCGAGUAAGCGGUCGGAAAGUCAGGUACUACUACUAGAUGAAUCAACAAUCGAACCAAACUGACAUAUUUUUUCAUGUUCGUGUAAAUGCCAAGUACGUUGUAAAAAACCUUCUUCUAGCUUCGUAGUACUUCCACAUCAAUUUAUCUCACAAGAAGCGACCAACCCUUUUCGUUCCAACCCCAACCACCACAGAUCCUCGACUACAGUUCGCAGCAAUACCUCCUCUUUCCGCAGAUGGCCUUGGCUUUUGCCCUUCAUUUUACUGGCCUUAAAGCAACCAAGCUCUAUGAGGUUGCAAUCCAAGAGUUUAGGGGGAACAAGUUUGAGAAGCUGCAAGAAAUGCACUGCUUGACUUCCACGUUAAAAGCAGUGAACACCAUGAUCGCAGUGGAUGGGAUGGAGCAAUGUCGUAAGGCCUUAGGUGGUCAUGGCUACCUGAACGCUGCAGGCAUUGGGCCGCAGACGUUGUCGGUGCUACCGCAAGCGACAUACGAGGGUGAUUUCGUUGUGCUGUCGAUCCAGGUAGGCCAGGUUUUGCUGGCAGCAGUGACGGGCAAGAUGCUCAAGGGGAAAAAAGGACAUCCUAACACACCGCUGUUGCAGUACAUCUACGAUUUCGACCCGACCGCUGAUGUGAAGCCGCCGUCAGUGUUAAGGAAUCAUUGAUCGAACUGUAGAGGACGUAGGAGGUCGUGGAUCAGAUAUCAUCUACCUCUAGCCGUGAAUCAGAUAUCAUCUACCUCUAGCCGUCAAACGGUCGUGAAUCAGAUAUCAUCUACCUCCUAGCCGUGUAUAUUGCCUCGUUCAAUCCUUAUUCCCCCAGCACAAUACGAUCAACCACAUCCCCACUCUUCUAAUACCUGAAGAAAUCGCCGAAAAGAAAUGCCUCCAAGACCACGAGUUUUUGUACAAUUGCAUCGUCCGAAGAGCAUGCUAUGUCCACUACUCCACAGCCGAAACCUUCCAAGAGGCUGUCAUGGCCGCAGGUGGGAAGAUCGGACCCAGUGUGCUGGAUGAGGUAUUAGAUGGUAAAUUCGAGUAGUAAUCUAGUUUACUAAAAACCUAGAUUCUCAACUAAUCUAGUUUCUAAUUAGAUGGUUACUUCUAGUAGUAACUACUAUUAGAUGGUAAAUUACAACUAGUAGUAAGAGUAGAAAUUUCAUAAUGAACAAGAAGCUAUAUUAGCACAAAACUAAGUUUAAGUUUGUUCUUUAUUAGGCGGAAAUUUUUCUGUGAGUGUGAUGUCCCGCAGAACAUACAAAAACACCACCUCCCACCUAUUACACCUAGGUCAAGAUCGAGAUGAUGCGUAUGACCUAUGCACAUGCCUAUGUCAUGUACGCUCUGGCUUUCAAGGAAACGCUUGCGAACCUGAAAGCAGGAACCAAAAGGGAAAAGCAGCUCUACUCCGUGAUGGAGCCAUUGUACGAGCUUCUUUGCCUAACCAUCAUCGAAACUGGCUACGACAAGGGCGGCGGCUUGGGCGAUUUCAUCGUCUGUGGAGCACUGCCAGGGGAUAACAGGAAUUAUGAGAGGACUUUCUUUUUCACACUCACAGUAGUAAAAAAAAAAAGGAAUUCUGAAUCUCAGCAAGUAUCUUUCGCGAUCAAUACAGAGCGACCUGAAGUCACUCUGCGUUGGUCCGUCAACAUGCUUUGCUGGUUGGACUAUUCUAGUUGGACUCAAGGAGGCUAGCUUACUCGCAUUUGUCAUCGACGCUGAUCUCUAACUCCCAAUCGGCUCCAUGAUCACCAGCCGAGUGAAGGAACUGCUGAAGAAGAUACGACCGCAAGCAGUUGCCUUGCAGGAUGGAUGGAACUUCCCAGAUUCUUUGCUCAACUCUUGUCUCGGCAGAUAUGAUGGUCGCGUUUACGAGGCCUUGUAUGAGCAGACGAAGAAGGAACCACUGAACAGCACGGAUGUUAUGAUGGAAGGACUCACUAGUGUUGAAACUUUUAGACCACUGCAAUGGCUAGAAAAUUCAAAGUGUAGACUGACACAGUCAGAUCAUUCAGAAGUAUGAUAUUGGUAGAAAAGAAAAGCUACAAAUCUUGAGUAGAACAAGAGGGUUUGGUCGUGCGUAUUGUUUAGUAUGGUGAGUACUAGAUAGUUUCUCCCGCGCCUCUCUAAGACACUCACCGACGGUUACUACGAUCAUCUGCAGUUUAUGAUUCACCCUGAGCGAGAAAACGAUGGCGGUUUGGUGCAGAAGCGCAGCGACACCCCAAGUCGUCCGUUGCAAGAAGGUGCAGCGAAAUUAUAACCUGUGCUUGGCCCAAGUCUAAACAUUUGGUUGUAUCGUGAUACAAAUUCAAGUUGUUCGUUCUUUUUUUGUACCGGCUCUUACACCUGAGAAAAAUUCGAGUAGAAUUGUAUUGGCAGGUGAUGAGAACAAGCUAGACGAAGGUUAUGCUAAAUACAGCCUAUUUGAAGUAAACAGGCUAGAACUACUUUUACCACAUGAUAUUUUCCUGAUAUCAAAUCUUCCGUAGUUAACCAUAACCCAUGAUUAGAUUUUUUGCAAAAUUUGAAGAUCUACGCUCAUCCUUGUAAAGACAGCAUAGACCAGGAGUCUCAUUACGCGUCUUUGAACGAUUUCUUCGUCACAUUCUUCGUACUAUUAGCAAGCAUAAUUUUCCUAAAAAGUGUCCUCCUUUUGCCGCGCGAAUGCUGGCCCUCUUCAACUAUUUUUACGAAAUGAAGAUUCGGAGUGAGGUUACAGGUUGUUAGUUAGACUCCUCAGUCUAUCGUAUCCUGAGCAACAGGUGCAAGAAUGAAAUGGAUGCUCCUUCGAUUACAGUACGUAGAUUCUGCAGACAAUGUUUAAAGCCUCCAGUUCGAUAGCAUUCACACAGAGUCCAGAAAAAGUAUAGAACAAGUGAGUGCAGAGACAGUGUAGUCCCACGUUGAUACUUUUUAUGUUGCAAGUCAAUCUUGCACCAACUUCUAUGUAACGAGUAAUAAUUAUGAAAAUGGAUAUUAAAAAUGGAUGUUGUUUACUUAGUAGGAGAACAACAGCGCUCAUUUACGAACUAUUUCUUCACGUACUAGUAUCAGAACAAAGAUAUUGAUCUGGAAUAAGAUGUUGCGGAAGAUUACCCGCAAGAAGAAACGUUUUUCGCGGAGUCAGUUGUCUUGUGUUUGAUGGAGCAGCAAUUCCGCCUCGUGUCCGCAAAGGGCUCUCCAUGCCCACAUAGGAG